GUGAUAAGAGAUUUCGACGACGGCGGGCACACUAACACCGACUUUUGGCCAAAUGAGUUUUAUUUUUAAGUUUAUUGCCACUUUUGUACGCAAAAUGCUGGAGCUUCUGCAAUUCGGUGGCAAGACGCUGACGCACACGCUGAGCAUUUACGUGAAGACGAACACGGGCAAGACGCUGUCGGUCAACCUGGAGCCCCAGUGGGACAUCAAGAACGUGAAGGAACUGGUGGCCCCCCAGCUCGGUCUGCAGCCGGACGAGGUGAAGAUCAUAUUUGCGGGCAAGGAGCUCAGCGAUGCCACGACCAUAGAGCAGUGCGAUUUGGGCCAACAGAGCGUUUUGCACGCCAUUCAGUUGCGCCCGCCGGGGCGGCGCGAGAAGAUUCAGUCGGCCACGCUGGAGGAGGAGGAGCCGUCGCUGUCGGAGGAGCCCUCGAAGCCGCUGAACGAAACCCUGCUGGAUCUGCAGCUCGAGAGCGAGGAGAGGCUGAACAUCACCGAGGAGGAACGCGUCCGCGCCAAGGCCCACUUCUUCGUGCACUGCGGCCAGUGCGACAAGCUGUGCAACGGCAAGCUGCGGGUGCGCUGCUCCCUCUGCAAAGGCGGCGCCUUCACUGUCCACCGCGACCCCGAGUGCUGGGACGAUGUGCUCAAGUCGCGUCGCAUUCCCGGCCAUUGCGAGAGCCUGGAGGUGGCCUGUGUGGACAACGAGGCCGGGGAUCCGCCCUUUGCCGAGUUCUUCUUCAAGUGUGCGGAGCAUGUUUCCGGCGGCGAGAAGGACUUUGCUGCUCCGCUGAACCUCAUCAAGAACAAUAUCAAAGAUGUGCCUUGUCUGGCCUGCACGGAUGUAAGUGACGUAGUCCUUGUCUUUCCCUGCGCCUCGCAGCACGUCACCUGCAUCGAGUGCUUCCGCCAUUAUUGCCGCUCCCGGCUGGGCGAGCGCCAGUUCAUGCCGCAUCCGGACUUUGGCUACACCUUGCCCUGUCCCGCUGGUUGCGAGCACUCGUUCAUCGAGGAGAUCCAUCACUUCAAACUGCUCACUAGGGAGGAGUAUGAGCGUUAUCAGCGCUUCGCCACCGAGGAGUAUGUCCUGCAGGCGGGCGGAGUGCUCUGCCCGCAGCCUGGCUGUGGCAUGGGCCUGCUGGUGGAGCCGGACUGCCGCAAGGUGACCUGCCAGAACGGCUGCGGCUAUGUCUUCUGCCGCAACUGCCUGCAGGGCUACCACAUCGGGGAGUGCCUGCCCGAGGGGACGGGGGCCAGUGCCCAGAACUCCUGCGAGUACACCGUGGACCCGAAUCGAGCUGCCGAGGCGCGAUGGGAGGAGGCCACCAAUGUCACCAUCAAAGUCAGUACCAAGCCCUGUCCGAAAUGUCGAACGCCCACGGAGCGAGAUGGCGGCUGCAUGCACAUGGUCUGUACACGCGCUGGCUGUGGAUUCGAGUGGUGUUGGGUCUGCCAGACGGAGUGGACACGCGACUGCAUGGGGGCCCACUGGUUCGGCUAGUGAGUCCCUCCUCUGUGAUCGAUCGUUCGUCGUCCCUCGUCCAAAGUGUCCCUUUUGUCUGUUGACUAAUUUUAAAUUUUAGUAUGUAGUAAAGACUUGAGCUCGA